UACCCUAUCAAGGGCAGAAGCCCUUGUGCCAAGAAAAAGAAAGUCUGAGGAGUGGAUGCUUAAAAUAAACGGUGUUAAAAUGUCAAAAAUCCAUGAUACCCGGUCAAAAUCUAAAAGGGGGUCUGACAACAAAGAAAAUCUUAACCCAAGAACAACAAUCAACGAAUCUGGAAACAAGCCCUCGGAAAGAGAAAAACAGGACUCCAACAAAUGGUUUGAUAUGACUGAAGAGGAACAAACACAAGAUACAAUUACCUUUGAAAAGCAGGCUGUAAAUGAUGCUCCAAUGGAAAACUAUAUGGAAAGUUCUGGAAAGUUGGUAGAUUCGAGGUCACAUGAUACAGAGACGACUGAUUCGACAAAUCUGAAUAUCACACCCCAGCUACAAAAUACAUCUGUAGGAGUUGGACCUCAAUAUAAGAAAUAUAAAGAAGCUAUGAAACAAAAACGAAUACAUUCUGAAGGAAUCAAUUUCAACCAAGAAAAUGCAUAUCUGAAAUAUCACAAUGAAAAUAAUGAACAUGCAAAUGAAGAAGAAACAGAACUCCUAUUACAAGAUGGUGAUACACUAGAGAACAUGAUAGAAGAAAGCAUACAUGAAGAUAUUGAUCAAAACAUGUCAGAUAAAUCAAUGCAGCAAUUACAAAUACAGGGAGUUAAUGAGGAAGCCUCGAUAAUGGAUGAUGGGUUUACAAUUGUCAAAUAUAAAAAGCAUAUUAGCAAAGCCUCUAAAUCAAGGAAAAAAAUACAUGCACAAGAUAAUAGAACUAAGCCAUAUGAGACCUCUAGACUAUCUCGCGAUAGUUAG